GACCUGGGGAGAGCCUAUGGGAAGACAAUAAUUCCAUGUUGACGCGCUGACUCGGGCUCCAACUCACCCAUCUUCUCUCCCACCUCGCGGCUCUCGAAAAUCCAUUGCAGCCCCCCGCCUCGCGUUCCGCGAUUCUCUCUCUUCUGUCUCUGUCUAUUUCUCUCUCUAGCCAUUCCCGUCCAAUCACCUGCGCGACACUCGAGCGCGCGCGCGCGCACGCGCUGUCGGGGAGCCGCGGAAGUCCGGUUCCGGGGACGGACGGAGGGCCGGGAAUGGGCCACCACCACCACCAGCACGGCGGCGGCGGCGGCGCCGCCGGUGCCGACGGCGGCGUCUCGCAGCGCGUCAAUAGCCCGCGCUUCUCCGGCCCCAUGACGCGCCGCGGCCACUCAUUCAAGCGCGCCGGCAGCGGCGGCGGCGGCGUUCAAGGCAAGGACUCGGGCGGCGGCGCGAGCUGUCACCACGAGGUCAUCGAUCUCCCGGUCGGCUCGCCCAGAUCUGAGAAUGGGACCGCCCAUCAGGCGGCCGCUUUCGAUUUGGUCAUCGACAGGAGGCAGGCCCACGUUCGCUACGACCUCGGGGAAAGGCUGAGGAAGCACUUGGGAUCGAAGGAAAGGAAGAAGCUUGGGCACUUGAUGUUCCUGCUCUUUUGCGGGGUCUGCUUGUUUCUGGGCGUUUUCAAGAUUUGCGCAACUGGGUGGUUUGGAUCCGCCAUCGAGAGAGCUGAAUUGGAUCGGGUUCUACAUGAUCAGUCAGCUGCUCGUCAAAAUGUGAUCAAUCAAAGGACCUCUUCUGAUUAUGAUCAUAGGGAAGAAGGAAGUGAAGUUGAUAUAACUUUAAUGAUGGUAGAAUCUGGUGUUGUUGGUGACAAAAGCAUGGCAGAUUAUUCAGAGAUCUGGUCCAAGCCCAACAGUGAAGACUUCAAACAAUGCAUUGAUCAACCAAAAAGUCAUAAAAAGCUUGAUGCCAAGACAAAUGGUUACAUUCUCAUUAAUGCUAAUGGUGGCUUGAAUCAAAUGAGAUUUGGGAUCUGCGAUAUGGUUGCCAUUGCCAAGGUCAUGGAGGCGACACUGGUCCUUCCUUCACUUGAUCACACAUCAUACUGGGCUGAUGAUAGCGGUUUCAAAGAUUUAUUUGAUUGGCGUCACUUCAUGGACACACUAAAGGAUGAUGUCCACAUAGUUGAGAGUCUACCUCAGGCUUAUGCAGACAUUGAACCUUUCAACAAAACACCAAUUUCUUGGUCGAAGGUCAGUUACUAUAAGAAAGAAGUCCGCCCACUGCUGAAGGAGCACAAAGUGAUGUAUUUUACUCAUACUGAUUCUCGGCUUGCCAACAACGACAUAGCCAAUUCUAUACAGAAGUUGAGAUGCCGUGUCAAUUACCGAGCAUUGAGAUAUUCAGCACCGGUUGAAGAACUUGGGAAAACCCUGGUUUCAAGAAUGCAACAAAAUGGAGGUCCUUAUCUAGCUCUCCACUUAAGGUAUGAGAAAGAUAUGCUGGCAUUUACUGGCUGCAGUCACAAUUUGACAGCUGAGGAGGACGAGGAACUACGGUUGAUGAGAUAUGAAGUAAGUCAUUGGAAGGAGAAAGAGAUUAAUGGAACAGAGAGGAGGUUACUUGGCGGCUGUCCAUUGACUCCUAGGGAGACUUCACUUCUGCUAAAGGCUCUUGGAUUCCCAUCUACUACCCGCAUUUAUUUGGUGGCUGGUGAUGCUUAUGGAAAAGGAAGUAUGCAAUAUCUGAAGGACGAAUACCCCAACAUAUAUUCACAUUCUACUCUGGCAACAGAAGAAGAGCUUGCUCCUUUCAAGAAUCAUCAAAACAUGCUUGCCGGUAUAGAUUACAUGGUUGCUCUUCAGAGCAAUGUGUUUCUUUAUACUUAUGACGGGAAUAUGGCGAAAGCAGUUCAAGGCCAUAGGCGGUUCGAGAAUUUCAAGAAGACAAUUAAUCCAGACAAGAUGAAUUUUGUUAAACUGGUUGAUGAACUAGAUGGGGGGAAGAUUUCUUGGAAGAAAUUCAGUUCCAAAGCGAAGAAACUUCACAGGGAUCGAGCAGGAGCUCCAUAUUUGAGGGAGCCUGGGGAAUUCCCAAAACUAGAGGAAAGUUUUUAUGCAAAUCCGCUCCCUGGGUGCAUUUGCGAAUCAACAAAGAGAAGGAAGUAAGGCUAAAAGGAGAACUGUCUCCUUUUCCCGUGAUGCAAUUUUGGGUGCAUAAGAGAGAUGAACGCAUGCUGUCAAGGUUCAAGAAAUCUUCUCAGCCGAAGAUGCCACAGCUAGAUCAGAAAAUUCCUUGGCCUAGUGCUCAGGCUGGCCGGUAUUACAUUAGCGUCACUGAGCUGCUGAAUUUAGGGCUGCUCAAGGGAUUCUGGUGAAUAAUUUAUUCAGAAGAAAAUUUACAGAAUACCAUUGAAAGAAAGAUUAUGAGCCCUUGGUGCCAAAAAAAGAAACAAAAAGAUCUGAGACUUUUCUGUUUAGGGGAUUGGAGAUAUCCCAUGAGGUUAAAUUAUAGUGAAUUCGAUUGUGUGGCACAGAAGACCUUGUAAUACUCCAAAUUACACAAAAUGAAAGAUCUCUCUUCUUUAUCUGUAAUUUUUAACUUUGGGUUGUCAAAAUCUGGUUUAGUUUCAUCCCA